UAUCCUCAUGAGUGAUUGGACGAGGUGAAUCUUUAAAAAUCUGGAUUGUGUUGAAGGCAAAUUUAGUAAACAAUAGUCGAGGAAGAAGAACACAUCUUUGCUGCAACUGAUUUUGACAAGUCAUGAGUGGAUGUCCGUACUUUGAGAAGAGGCAUUUGUUAUUCAAAAACAAGCCUCCCAAAACAGAAGAUGAUGAAGAUACCUCUCAGGCAGGGGUUAACAAGGCCAGUAAAGGAGGUAUUAUCUAUGGAGACUACCUGCAGCUCGAUAAAAUAGUCGAAGCUCAAGUACUACAGAGUGAACUGAAGGGUAAUAAGAUCCAUGACGAGCACCUUUUCAUCGUCACCCAUCAAGCCUAUGAACUGUGGUUCAAACAGAUCUUGUUUGAACUUGAUUCAGUGCGAGAGAUCUUCAUCAGUGGACACGUCCGUGAUGAGCGCAACAUGCUCAAAGUCAACACUCGCAUUCACAGGAUUGUAAUGAUCUUCAGACUGUUGGUGGACCAGUUUGCAGUUUUGGAAACAAUGACAGCUUUGGACUUUUUUGACUUUAGGGAAUACCUGUCUGCAGCCUCUGGCUUCCAAAGCCUUCAGUUUCGGCUCUUGGAGAACAAAAUCGGGGUCCCAGACAACCUGAGGGUUCCCUACAACAGACGUCAUUACAGGGACAACUUCAAGGGUCAUGAUAGUGAGAUGUUACUCAUCACUGAACAGGAGCGCACACUAUUAAAACUAGUAGAGGAGUGGCUGGAGAGAACUCCUGGCUUGGAGGCAGAUGGAUUCAAUUUCUGGGAAAAGCUGGAAAUCAAUAUAUUUGAUGGGUUGAAUCAGGAGAAGGAGAAACUUGAGAAAAUGCCAGAUUCUGAGGAGAAGGAGGAAAUGAUGGAAGAGCUGGUCAAACAGAGAGAGCUCUUCACAUCCCUGUUUGACGAGAAGCGUCAUGACCAUCUCGUCAGCAAAGGUGAGAGGCGGCUCUCUUACAAGGCUUUGCAAGGUGCUCUGAUGAUCUACUUCUACAGAGAGGAGCCGAGGUUCCAGGUUCCAUUCCAACUGCUCACCUCCCUCAUGGAUAUCGACACCCUUAUGACAAAAUGGAGAUACAAUCAUGUGUGCAUGGUGCAUCGUAUGAUUGGCAGCAAAGCUGGCACAGGAGGAUCAUCUGGCUACCACUACCUGAGAUCUACUGUCAGUGACCGCUACAAAGUGUUUGUGGAUCUAUUCAACCUGGCAACAUUCCUGGUGCCACGUCACUGGGUGCCCAAGAUGAAUCCCAACGUUCACACAUUCCUCUACAUGGCGGAGUGCUGCGACAGUUCCUACUGCAGCAGUGAGGACUCCGACUAGGGGGGCAUCGAUCUGAGCAGUCGUCUGUUCUGACUCCCUUUGUGUCGCUGUAACUGACCUGGAAGAAGUAGAUCCUUUGCACAGCUGAGAAGAGUUGGUGACAGGUGCAUAUGUGACCUUCAAAUUUCGACUGACAAAGCACAUGAUGUUUCAGUCUUGGAUCUCAGAUUGACAUUAGGUUGAUACACCUUACAAAGCUCUCAUAUAUUGACAUAUCUUGUGUUAAUAAUGGCAGUCUUAUGAGGAUUUUAGCAUGAACUAUAACCUAUAUUGGAUUGUAAACUCAAAAAAGGUCACUUUUAAAUCAUCUUUCAUCCUAACUUAAGGUUAUUCAGUAUCCAGAAAAGGGAUAUUGUAGUUGAAUGUAGAAAGGAAAAAAGGAUGGUUGACAGUGUAAAUCACAAACCACAUUCUGACACAUACAUACGAAUGAAAUACAUGACUCAAUUUGUACAUUUAAAUGUUUUGCAAGCUAGGUGAACAUUUUGUUUGACACUAUAAUCAGGCCAAAUGUCCUACAAAUAUUGCUGAACAGUCUGCAGCACAAAGGUUCAAACAUCAAAAUCAAACCUGUAAUGGGGUCUCACCCAGCAUACAUCAAAUGGCCACAUUAGACUAUUUUAUUCUAAUCUAUGAUCUUGACCAGUCACACAGCAGAUGGCUCCUUGAUAAGACUUGCUUAGAUGUUUUCUCAAUAAAAUUAUGUAAAUUCACUGACUGACCUGAAAGCAAAUGGAUCAGUGAGAGCAGCGAUCAAACUGCUGGUGAUGAUGGGGUUUCGUAAAUACAUCAUCUUUCAUGUCAGCAUGCAGCGGAGGCUCUUCAGACUAUAGUGAUGUGGCUCAAGUGUGAGAGGAAGUGGAUAAGAUUAUGAUAAACCUCAGUAUAAACAAUGUCAACAUCUAAAACAGAACAAUUUGCACAGCAUGUAAAAUCAGACCAUAUUAACCAUGAAAUGUGUACAUAAUGUUAAUAAUGUAGAUGUUAGAUAUAUUUGGUAUAUUAUUCUAUAUAAUGUUAAAUUCUUUUUUUUUUGUAUGUAUUUAUGCAGUGAUUGAUGUGAUCUCUGUAUAGAUAAAUUCAUGAGCCAAAUCACCAAUAAUAUGUAUCUAUGUAUCUACUUUAUGUAUUUAAUAGGAUACAUUUUUGUAAAGUGCAUCUAUUCUUAUUAUUACAGUAUUUGCAGUGUUGUGUGUGUGUUGAUUGCUCAGUUACGAAUUCAACAUUUAUCAGCAUAGAAAAUGAUUUAUUUUGUCUUGUCUUUGUGAUGUAACAUGGUGACAUUUCAAUAAAAAAACGUUAUUUAACAUGA